CUGACUCCUCCCCCCCCUUUCCCUCAAGCCAGCUGUUCUGUCUCACUGGACUCACUACACAUCACCUCUCUCUCUGUCAGUAUCAGCUCUCCCUGGGGUCCUUUUUCAAGGAUCAUCUGUCUGUUUUUUUGGGGAGGAAAAAUACAGUUUUCAUCAGAAGUACUGCAACAUGGCAGCAUAGUUCCCAAGAGAGAUAGAGAGAGAGGGAGAGGGAGAGGUCUGAAAGGUGGAUCAACACCUCUACACAGGUGGAAGCAGUACCUGAGCACUGAAUUUGAUGCUUUUCAAGGAUUCAGACAUGAGUCAUUGCAAUGCUUUGGAAGUACUCAACUUUACAAGACUUUUUUUUGGUGGGACUACAGCCAAUUUUCAAAAUGUAAGAGUGACCUGGAGUGAGGUGUGUUUGAUGCCUGAAGGAUCCUAUAGCCUCAUCACAGAACAAUGAGGGAGUCUGGAAUACAGAUGUGUACUCUGACGCCUUUAUAAUGAAUCAUGGAGGAAAACAGUUCAUUUCUGACCCCUGACUACAAUGACAGCACCACUGCUUGGCCACCAUUACCCUCAGCUCCCAGCAGGCACCUGGGCAUGCUUCCCAACCCCCAGACACGCUUCAAGAACCUGACAGGGAUAUUUUUCAUGGUGACCCUGAACGUCCUGGCACUUCUGGCCAACACUGCGGUUCUGGUCGUUGUAAUAAAAGCCCCUCAUCUCAGGAAAUUUGCCUUUGUGUGUCACCUGUGUGCGGUGGACCUGCUGUGUGCCAUCUUGCUCAUGCCUCUUGGGAUUGUGUCCAGCUCUCCGUACUUUGCCGGUGUGGUGUUCACCGUGCUGGAGUGUCAGGUCUAUGUGUUUCUCAAUGUAUUCCUCAUAGCUGCCUCUAUCUUAACCAUCACAGCCAUCAGUGUGGAGCGUUACUACUACAUUGUGCACCCGAUGCGCUAUGAGGUGAAGAUGACGCUGAAGCUGACUGCGGCUGUCAUGGUGAUGGUGUGGGUGGCUUCUGGUGUGCUGGGGCUGUCCACUGUGUUCGGAUGGCCAUCCUACGGCAGCCUGAGCACCAUCAGCGCCGCGCACUGCUCGCUGCAUUGGAGCCACAGUGAUCACAGGCGGGUUUUCUCUGUGCUCUUUAGUGUCACCUGUUUCUGCCUGCCUGCUGUUGUGAUUUUUGCUGUCUACUGUAAUGUGUACAAGGUGGCCCGUGUGGCCGCCCGCCAGCACGGACCUCUGCCCUCUUGGACAAACAGCCAGCUGAAGCACCGCUCUGACUCAAUAAACAGCCAGACUACCAUCAUCACAACCCGCAACGCACCGCGGAGGAUUGUGCGUGAUCGGCCUUUUGGUGGUGGUAAAGCAGCUCUCACUCUGGUGGUCAUCGUUGGCCAGUUUCUGAUCUGCUGGCUGCCUUACUUUGCCUUCCACCUCCAUCUGACGCUGGAUGCCACACCCAACAUCCCAGAUGACCUGGAGGAAGCAGUCACCUGGCUGGCAUACUCUUCCUUUGCUAUCAACCCAUUUUUUUAUGGGCUUCUCAACCGGCAGAUCAGGGAAGAGCUGUGCAAGCUGAGGCGCUGCUACUCGGCCCGGCCAGUGGAGCUGGCCGCCUCCAGCCACGAGGGCUCAGGCCACGAGAACUUCCUGCAGUUCCUCCACAGGACCAGCUGCACAUUAGAGACACGGGCAAGCUUUGCCACAUCCAGUCCCAGAAGCACUCUGGAUCAGACUGGGCAGACUGGCUUUAGGAUACCGGGACAGAUCCCAGAAGAGUUCAGUUAGACAUAUACCUCACUGUUGUGCCACAGGAUUAACAAUCUUUGUAAUCAUUACAGAAAAAGCUAAGAUACAGAACAGAACUUGACGUACUUUUUUUCCUUUUAUCUAAAGAUUACACUGACGGAGAAAUACUGGAACAGAAACCUAAUGGAUAUUGUUUUUUAAAUUGGUACAGUUUUUGUGGUGAAAUUAGCAGUUAUACAGUUACUAAUCAAACAAGGAACACUUGACUUUUACUUGCUUCUAAAGCAAAGUUACUGUGUAUCUGCAAUCAGUAGAUCUGUUUUAUUAAACGUUAUUACAUUAUACUUGAACAGUAAGUCAUGACAAUAUAUCCAGCUAACAGAUCUGACUAUUAUCUCAAAAAGAAAGGUAUUUACAAUUUAGCAAUCUUUUUUCUUACAGUAUCCAUACAUUCAGGAGAUUAGCUGUUUUUAUAUAAAGUACAAAUAUAGCAGCAAUAUUCUUUAUACAAGUAAGUAAUAUUAAACAAUUCAGUGUUGUCAUGUUGUAUUUAUGUUGCAGAAAUUUCUGUAAACUUUAUUUAUUGUACUCAAAGAAGAGACACAUCAUCUUUUGUUCAAGAAUUUGUUGUUUCUUAAUGUUUAAAAUUGUGCAAAUAAACACUGGUUACUUUG